UCUCUUGAGUGAAACGAGGAACCGAAAGAGAGUGGGUUCCAAAAUCGUUUUCCAACAGUUUUGGGGGGGAAAGCGUUGAAGAAACAUGAUGUCCAAUUUCAAGUCAUCAGGCCUUGUAUUGGUGUUGGCGGGAUUUGUGCUUAUCCAAGGAUUUGACGAGGAAAGCCAUUCAUCGACCUCGUUUUGGAAUGCACUCCCCAGGGACCACAUGGUUUUGAAGCGUCCUCUAGUGGGAAUUUGGCCACGCGUGAAAUACGCGGUCCGAAGAAUGAGAAAAUCUGGAACUCAACUGGUAGACAAACGAGGCUGGCCGAUCCCAAUUCAAGAUCAAAAGAAAUCUGAUUCGGAUGAAUUGGAGGAAUCCCGGUCCGUCCAAUCACUACCCAGUCAUCAUAAUUUGAUAACCACCAUAGAUGGGCUGAUCCUUGACGCUUUGAAGCACAACUCCAUGGAAUAUUGGUGCAGGAACGCAUCUUUCCAAAGGAUGAUCUCGAUUCGGGAGGAGCUUCUGCUGAGCGAUCCUGCGGACUUCGUUUCCAAGAUCCCCACAAAGCUGUGUUAAAUCAGAUCGAAAUCGCUUCAUAUGCAUUACACCGAAACGAUUUAACCCCCCUCAAAUGUUCUCGAAGCUCUCCUUGAAGAUACGAACCACACCAUUCACUUGUACUGAACUAUCGGCAUAUUACAACGAACAUUGUCAAUGAAAAUAAAUAUAUAGAGAGAUA